GAUAAGGCAGAUUCGACUCAUAUAUAUGAAGGAAUUAUAGUGAAAUUUCAAUCAUAUCGAUUCGAUAGUUGUUCCUGUAAGUUUUCUAUUCUAAGAACAUCAUUCUAAGGACAAGAUGUCUUCGAAAAACAUUCUUAGUAGUGCCACACGGUAUAUUGCAGGUCGUAACGCAAUGCAGACUGUUUAUUGGAGGUCUGGUGAAAGUAGGCAACAACCGAAAAUGUUGAAAGUUUCAAAGACUUUCAAUUUUGGAAAGACCAAAGAAUCAAGUCUUCCCCCUCAACACAUCAGAAAAGAUGGGAGGAUAAUUUUCGUUUAAUGCGAAUCAUUGCUUAUAGUAUUAUGUUAUUUAUUCGUGAUAAUAUUUAAUUUAUUUUUAUGUUCUGAAUUUUUAGAGAUUCUUUUUCAAUAUGAUUAUUUUGAAUAGUAAUUGAGUCUUUGUUACAUCAUUAAAUGAAGAAUCUUCUUCAGUAUCCAUGAA